GUCCCAAUAACAAAGCUGGAGAUGCAUUGAUAUCCUUUGCUGAGACUAAAUACGGCCAAUACCGUAUCAAUGCACUGCAUUUAUGUACCUAGGUAGGUACUCUUUUGAUAGUUAUGGUCUAGUCAAGUGUGCCUAGGUCAGUAGAAAGUGUUGCGCACAUUUCUCGCACCGUUUUCUUUACAGCUCAUUCUUUCUUUCAACAACAAACUUACAUAUACGUACGCGGUUUUAUUUGGGAUUUUCUGUCUAGAUUCUCUGUCUAGGUUCUCUGUCUAGGUUCUCUGUCUAGGUUCUCUGUCUAGGUUCUCUGUCUAGGUUCUCUGUCUAAAUUCUCUGAUAUCAUGGGCAAUCCUGAACAGCAUCCAAGGAAGAGUGAGAGUUUCAAUUGGGAUGCUCCUCCUCCCUACGAAGAAUUGUACGCGUUCGGCAAUGAAGAGUCUGGUGUCUCUACAUCAGUCCAAGACAAUGGACGAAUUAGUAUGGCAUUCGUGGGCAAUACCUCACCACUGCCUCCAAUCUAUGUAGCCGAGAAUGUACCGCAAGUAAAAUCAGAGCCCGUGAAAUUGUAUCCUAGACUUAAUAUAGUCAUUCAGGUAGUUGGAAGUCGAGGCGAUGUUCAACCUUUUAUAGCCUUAGGCAAUGAACUUCAACUCGCCGGUCAUCGGGUGCGCAUUGCUACUCAUGAUGUAUUUCAAAAAUUCGUACGAGAUGCCGGUUUAGAAUUUUACGCAAUUGGUGGUGACCCGUCAGAAUUAAUGGCAUACAUGGUCAAAAAUCCCGGAAUCUUUCCCAAAAUCAGUACCUUGGCCAGUGGAGAAAUAUCUAAGAAAAGAAAAAUGAUAUCCGCCAUGCUUGAAGGAUGUUGGCGAUCCUGUAUCGAACCCGAUCCCGAGACUGGAGAACCAUUCAUCGCAGAAGCGAUUAUUGCAAAUCCACCUAGUUUUGCUCAUAUACAUUGUGCUCAAGCACUGGGUAUUCCAGUGCAUCUUAUGUUUACUAUGCCAUGGACGGCUACAAGAUCAUUCCCUCACCCACUUGCAAACAUUCAAUCUAUUGAAACAGACCCUAAAACUGCGAAUUUUCUUUCUUAUGGAUUGGUUGAUACGAUGACUUGGCAAGGGCUGGGAGACGUAAUUAAUCGUUGGAGGAAAAACUCUCUGGAUCUCGAACCAGUCCCCGUGAUGGCCGGUCCUCAUUUAGCAGCUUCUCUCGAUAUCCCAUUUACAUACUGUUGGUCACCAGCACUUGUACCGAAACCACAAGAUUGGCUCCCACAUAUAGAUGUCUGUGGAUUCUUCUUUCGUCCGCCCCCAUCUUACGAUCCUGAUGCGAGGAUUUUAGGAUUUCUUGAAGCAGGUCCACAACCAAUCUAUAUAGGAUUUGGAAGCAUUGUAAUGGAAGAUCCCCAAAAAAUGACCGCGACGAUCAUGGCUGCAGUUCAAAAUUGCGGUGUCAGAGCAAUUGUAUCAAAAGGUUGGAGUAAACUUGGACAGGAGGUUGAGAAUGAGAAUGAGAAUGUUUUAUUUAUUGAUGAUUGUCCUCAUGAAUGGCUAUUCAAACAUGUUUCGGCGGUUAUACAUCAUGGUGGAGCAGGAACAACGGCGUGUGGAUUACUCAAUGGUCGUCCUACAGCAAUCGUACCAUUUUUUGGCGAUCAACCAUUCUGGGGUAACAUGGUCGCAGCAGCCGGUGCCGGUCCCGCACCUAUAGAACAAAAAUCCCUUAACGUCACAACUCUCUCCAAUGCCAUCAAAUUUCUCCUCUCCCCCGAUGUAGUAGCCGCAGCACAAACCCUCGCCUCAAGAAUCCAACACGAAAACGGCGUGAAAGAAGCCGUUAAUUCAUUCCAUCGUAAUCUUCCCAUCAAAGCCCUCAGUUGUGGGCUCCUGCCCCAACAACCCGCAACAUGGUAUUGGAAAAAGGGAAAAAAACAUCUCAACUUAUCUCACCAAGCAGCCGCCAUUCUUGUCGAGAAGAAGAAAAUACACGCCUCUGAUCUUUCCUUAUACAAACCCCGCCCCCUAACCAUCAUUAACCGCCGAUGGGACCCCUGGACAGCUACCACCUCAGCCGCCUUCGACGGCGCCAUCGACAUCACCCGCGCCAUAACCAACAUCGGACUUGACUACCGCACCGAAUAUACGCGCGCUCUAACUCGACCACCCAGCAAAAAGCAAAACGAAACCGGCACCGAAGUCGCCUCAUCACGGAACCCUCUGCAAGCAGGCUCCAUCGCGGUCGGGAAAGGGUUCGGAAAGGUAGGCAUCGCAAUGGGUAAGACGGCGAUUGAUCUACCCCUCGCGUUUGCGGAUGGCUUUCAUGCGUUGCCGGCGCUGUAUGGGGAUAAACCGAGGGAUUACGGACAGGUGAAGGAUUGGAAGAGUGGGGGGAUUAAGGGAGCUAAGAGUAUGGGCUAUGGAAUCGCAGACGGCUUCACAGGAUUUUUUACACAACCUAUUGAAGGUGCCAUGAAAGAAGGCGGAAAGGGAUUCAUGAAGGGUCUUGGAAAAGGCACGGUGGGGUUCCUUACUAAGCCUGCUAGUGGCAUCUUCGGUUUCGUCUCCUACCCCGCCCUCGGACUCUACAAAUCGCUCAGCACAUCUACGCACCAAGGAACACAAGGCAAAAUCCUAUUAGCACAGCGGGAAUACGGUAUGCAUCUUGCGAUGACACAGCAGAUAUCCGAGGAAAUGGCAGAGAAAAUCGUAGAGCAGUUUGAGUGGGUUAUUGAGGGGAUCUAGGAUAUUGUGACUAUUGUUGAAAGGAUUCACUGUCCUGCAUUCAUAUUAGCUGGCUAGCUGGCUAGCGUUAUUCAUCAAGAGAUAUAUCUUCUCUUGAUUCCAUAGUCUCGAUACGAAAAAUAGUAAUAAUAAUAAUGAUAACAUCAUAGAGAACGGACA